GUGAUCGACGCUACAGGCUGUGGGCUGGAGUUCCUGCUGGUCCUUUGCGGCCUGGAGCUCUCGUGGUCCUGCCCUCGUCACUGCAUCUGCUACACGGCACCGAGCACCGUCUCCUGCCAGGCGCACAACUUCCUGUCCGUGCCGGAGGGCAUCCCGGCCAACAGCGAGCGCAUCUUCCUGCAGAACAACAAGAUCCACCGGCUGCUGCGUGGCCACUUCAGCUCCACCACCGUCACCCUGUGGAUCUACUCCAACAACAUCUCCUACAUCGAUCCCUCCACGUUCCACGGCUUCACCCUGCUGGAGGAGCUGGACCUGGGGGACAACCGCCACCUGCGCUCCCUGGCCUCGGACACCUUCCACGGGCUGAGCCGGCUCAACGCGCUGCACCUGUACAGGUGCGGCCUCAGCGCCCUGCCCAACAACAUCUUCCAAGGCCUGAGGAACCUGCAGUACCUCUACCUCCAGGAGAACCACCUCAAGUUCCUGCAGGACGACACCUUCAUGGACCUGCACAACCUGAGCCACCUCUUCCUGCACGGGAACCGUCUGUGGAGCCUGCACCAGAACACCUUCAGGGGCCUGCGGGCCCUGGACCGCCUGCUGCUGCACCAGAACCAGAUCCAGUGGGUGGACCGCCUGGCUUUCCACGACCUGCGCCGUCUCACCACCCUCUACCUGUUCAACAACUCCCUGGUGGAGCUGUCCGGGCAGUGCCUGGACACACUGCCCGCGCUGGAGUACCUGCGCCUCAACGACAACCCCUGGUCCUGCGACUGCAAGGCCCUGUCGCUGUGGGAGUGGCUGAAGCGCUUCAAGGGCUCCACCUCCACGGUGGGCUGCCAGGCGCCCGCCCCCAUGCUGGGCCGGGACCUCAAGCAGCUCAAGCAGGAGGACUUCCCCCACUGCUCCCCCACCGUGCCCAACUCCGAGUCCCGUGCCCAGAGCAAGACCAACAACCUGUCCGGCACGGUCAACCCGUCCAUGAACGGCGGGGUGGUGGCGGUGGCGGCGGGGGGGCAGACCCGCAUCGUGCACCCCCCGCCGCCGCCGGCCGCCCGGCCCGGACGGUCCCGGAACUGCACCAAGCCCCGCAACCGGUCCGGCGGCAAGGGCAAAGGCGACAACGAAGUGCACUCCAAGGAGCUGAUGGCCGACAAGGAGGACUCGUCCCCGGACUUCGGCGACGGGGGGAAGUACGACCACACGUCCCCCGACGGCACCGUCACGCGGAGGAAGCACAAGUGCACUCCCCGGACCACGGUGCGCCCCCCUAGUGGGGUGCAGCAGGCCAACAACAGGGCGGCGCUGCUGCACCGCUCCUCGCUAUACCUUGGCCUUCUGUUGGGGGCCCUAGUGAUCUCAGACAUGGCGCACAUCCUGCGUUGA